AUGACAGCUUCAACUUCAGUUUCAGAUGUCAUUAAUCCAUCUUUACAAGCUAAAGAAAGUCGCAAGCAUGAUUAUGAACAAGUUGAAGAUAAUUCCGAUGAACUUAACAUAAUGGUUGAAAAAUCGAGUGCAUCGGAAGACCAAGAAGUUGCAUUAAUAACACCGCAUACGCAACGAAAAACGACUGUACAUAAGAAUCUAUCUAAUCGAAAAUGGUUCGUUUUAACAUCAUUUUCACUUCUUUCGUUUUCCAAUGCGGUACUUUGGAUCACUUUUGGACCAUGUCUUUACAUUUUCAUGGAACAUUAUCAGCAAACGCCGUCAACUAUAAACGCAUUAGCUACAGUAUUUAUGAUAAUAUAUCCUAUAUUAUUAGUCCCUGUCCUCAAUAUAUAUGACAAAUGGGGCUUACGACAGGGAAUUCUCGUCGGUGCAUUUUUAAAUGCUUUUGGAACUUUCUUAAGAUUCAUGGGUUCUUUUGGACCAUCCGGGUUUUGGUUAUUAUUUUUGGGUCAGACAAUUUCAGCCAUUGCCGGAGUUUUUAUUUUGGGAGUUCCCCCAAAAUUAGCAAACACUUGGUUUGAAUUUGGGGAACAGAAUCUAGCAACUGGAAUUGGGGUUACAGCUAAUAAUGCUGGAAUUGCUGUUGGGUUUUUAUUAUCGCCAUGGUUUAUUAAACAAGCCACAGCAAAGGACGAUAUCCCCAAAUAUUUAUUAAUACAAUUUGCCACGACAACACUUUCGACGAUAUAUGCUUUCUGCACAGAUAAAGUAUUUAUGUUACUUGCAACUUCAUAUGGGUUAACCGUUGGGGCAUCAUUUGCUGUGAGCACUUUAUUAGCACAAAUUGUAGUUCCUGUCUUCAGAGUGUAUGAUGAGUCUCAAAUUGGAUUCUUGGGAUUCCUUAAUGUGGUAGCUGGAAUGGUUGGAUCUGUUCUAAUUGGAAUUUAUCUUGAUCGCACAUUCGCAUACAAACGAUCUUGUCGUACAUUAUAUAUGAUCACAUUUCUUUCGCUAUUUGCCUUCAUUAUAGCUUUGAAGAUAAAAAGUAUGCCUUUACUAACAGUUUCAUGCAUGUUCUUUGGAAUAUCUUCAUUUGCAAUAACUCCGGCACUAUUCCAAUAUGUGCCAGUAAUUACUUCCAGUCGUCUAGGAGAAGAUGAGAUCACAAGUACAGGAAUUCUAAAUUCUGUAGUACAAAUAUGUGGCAUCUUACUUGUUGUCUUGAUGGACGCUACUGAAAAUGUCGAUCAGCAGUUUACAAUGGAAUUAUCUUGUUGGUUGUUACUUGCCAUUGUAUUUAUAGGCAUAAUAUUGAUUUGGCUAGUUAAAGAAGAUUAA